AAACUGACUUUUUUGACUUAUAAAAUAUUAGUCACGUGAUCACGUACGACGAGAAUGGGCGAGAAUGUGACGUCAUUGAAGUGGUGCGACCUUCUGUCCCCAUCGCGCGAACCUCGGAGGUUGUGUGACGACUUCUUCCCAAGUCUCUUCUUCGUGUGCCCAUCGAGUGACCAACACAAAUAUCCACCAUGUCCUUCACCUUCACCGAGGAACUGAAGAAGGAGCUGGCAGCCAACGCCAACGCCAUCGUGUCUCCGGGCAAGGGCAUUCUGGCUGCUGACGAGAGCACAGGAACCAUGGGCAAGCGCCUGGCUAACAUCAACGUGGAGAACUCGGAGGAUAACCGCCGCACGUACCGCCAGCUGCUCUUCACGUCAGGCGCUGACAUGCAGAACUACAUCUCGGGCGUGAUCCUGUUCCACGAGACUCUGUACCAGAAGGCUGACGAUGGAACGCCAUUUGUUAAGAUCCUACAGGACCAGGGCAUCAUCCCUGGCAUCAAGGUUGACAAGGGAGUUGUCCCCCUGGCUGGCACUGUGGGAGAGGGAACCACACAGGGUCUGGACGGUCUUGCCGAGCGCUGCGCCCAGUACUACAAGGACGGCUGCCGCUUCGCCAAGUGGCGCUGCGUCCUGAAGAUCGGCCCCACCACGCCCUCGCCUCUCGCCAUUCUGGAGAACGCCAACGUGCUCGCUCGCUACGCCACGAUCUGCCAGGCGAACGGGCUGGUACCUAUUGUGGAGCCAGAGAUCCUGCCUGAUGGAGAUCACGAUCUGGAGCGGUCUCAGUACGUCACCGAGAAGGUGCUGUCUGCCACCUACAAGGCCCUGAUGGACCACAACAUCUACCUGGAGGGGACGCUGCUGAAGCCCAACAUGUGCACCCCGGGCCAGUCCUGCACCAAGAGAUACACCCCGCAGCAGAUCGCCGAGGCAACCGUCACUGCCCUGUCACGCACCGUCCCCGCUGCUGUGCCUGGCAUCGUGUUCCUGUCUGGCGGACAGUCCGAGGAAGAUGCCUCCGUCAACCUGAACGCCAUCAACCAGUUCCAGGGGAAGAAGCCGUGGAAGCUGACGUUCUCGUACGGGCGCGCCCUGCAGGCCUCCGCGCUCAAGGCCUGGGCAGGCAAGGGCGACCAGAUCAAGGCCGGACAGGCCGCCUUCCUGGGGAGGGCAAAGGCUGCCGGAGAAGCCGCCUCAGGAAAGUACGGCGGUGGUGUUGCUGGAGACGCAGCGGCAGAAUCGCUCUUCAUCAAAGACCACGCCUACUAAACCCACACCACGAUUGGCGAACGGGUUGGCCUGUGAAGCCAAGUACACGGCUGGCGCAGGCGACUCAGCUGCAUCCGAGUCUUUGUUUGUUGCAGACCACAAGUACUAGAGCAUGAACAUAUACAUCAUAGCAAACUGCUUCACAUCUACACAUAGACUUUGGCUACGAUAAAAUUAAGGUUUGGGUAAGGUAAUAGAGAAUGGUGUAUUGUUAAAAUUCCCCUUUCCCUCCUCUUGCGUAAUUAUGGAAUGUAUGUUUGAAAGUGUAACUAUUAAAAGAGAAUGAAUUCUUAACUGAACUUAGUUGUUUGCUUUACUGUGAUUAUGAAUUGAGUUAAUUUACAACUGGGUUAUACUUAUUUCUGAAGUAUUCGUCUCUACGUUUUUCACGCAAUCAGAUCCAAUUUCUGCAACAAGAAAGUGAUGGUAACUUUGAGAUUUUAGAAGCUGUACUGGGCAGUUGAAAAAUCCUGACUGAAAAGUAAAAUGCGCGGCAUAAAAGCAAUGUCUGAUUCAGAAGCAUGUAUUUGUUGUUGCUUGUCACACGCUUUAUGGUAUAGAAUAUGUCAUGUAAACCUGUUGAAAUAAUAGUCUAAGAUUUAAAGUAGAGAUGGUGUCUAUAAAAUAGGGACUAAUUCUUGAAGAAUGCAGUUCAGAAGAAUGGUAUAUUUCUAAAGAAAAUGAAGUAUUUGUUGAAAAAAUGUUUGACAGUAUUUUGCAAGCCCUCAGAAUAACUGCAUACUGAGAGAAAUGAUAAAAGGAAAAUUGAUCAAUAAUGUUAAAAUGUGAACGUUGAAACAAGAAACGGCACAAAAAGCAGUAUUUUGACUUGUGAAUGUACAAUGUAUAUGACAUCAAGUUGAUUGGAAGAAGCUGUUAAUAGUUUGAAGAUGAACAACUGUAAGAAGUCUAUAAAUAUGCUCAAAACGUGACAACAAGGAGUUUCACAGUGUUGGAAUAUAUGCAAGACAGCUCUGCCUGCUUUGUCGAUGCUUGACUUAACUGCAACACGUUCUUGGUGAUGCGUGUACUGUACAUGUUUCAGAAGGUAAAAGAACUGCUUGAAUGUUGUAUUUGAUGUUGGAGAGUCAUAUUUCCUCUGCAACUUUCUCUCGGGGUGGAAGAGUGGAUAAACUAGAGCACACAAAAUGUACAUGUUUCAGAAGAGAAAAGAACUGCUUGAAUGUUGUAUUUGAUGUUGGAGAGUCAUAUUUCCUCUGCAACGUUUUCUCGGAGUUUGAAGAGUGGAUAAACUAGAGCACACAAAAUGUACAUGUUUCAGAAGGGAAAAGAACUGCUUGAAUGUUGUAUUUGAUGUUGGAGAGUCAUAUUUCCUCUGCAGUGUUCUCUCCGGGGUGGAAGAGUAGAUUAACUAGAACACACAAAUGUACAUGUACGAUGUAGCUGUAGCUGCUGCUAUUGUCUUGGAUGAAUACGAAAUAAAACAUCCUUCAUUGAU